AUGUCACUUCCUGCUGUUGUUACUUUUUGGCUCUAUUUAAUCUUUCUAAUUCCGUCGAUUAUAUUUUGCAUCUUCUGUCUUUAUUAUUUUCUUACCGACAGUAGAUUCCGUAAAGCUCUUUAUAAUCAUGUCUUUGUUGUUAUUCUUUUCUUUACUUUAUUUUAUGAAUUAACUGAUAUAAUUUGGUUUAUUUAUUAUUCUCAUACUGGUAUAGUAUUAUCAACAACACCUAUGUUUUGUCUAAUAUGGAUCUAUGUUGAUUAUUCUGGAUAUGUGACGAUACUACUUUUGAUGAGUUGGGCAGCAAUUGAACGACAUAUUCUUAUUUUUCAUCAAAAUUGUAUGACAACAUUAAUGAAGCGUUUUCUUUUCCAUUAUUUACCUUUGAUUGUCUUUAGUAUUUAUCCAUUUAUAUUUUAUUUCGUCGUGUUUUUUGUGAUGCCAUGUGAUGUUCCAUUCAAUUAUAAAAAACAACGAUGUGGUCAUGGUUUUUGUCUAUUUAACAAUACAUUAGUUGGCAUAUGGGAUUCUAUAGCAGAUUAUAUUGUGCCUGCAUUUAUUACUAUUAUAUUGAGUAUAGCUUUGAUUAUCCGUGUAUGGUACAUAAAAUAUCGAAAUGGUCAAAGAUUUCAAUGGAAAAGAUACAAAAAAAUGACAGUUCAAUUGAUAUCGAUAUCUUUUCUCUAUUUUGUUCUAUAUUUACCAUUUCUAAUCUUAAAUACUGCGUAUACAGCUGGUUUAUCAACAGAUAUUGGCUUUGAUUUCUUUGGUACUAGUGCCGAUCUUUCAUACCUCAUUAUAUUGUUUAUACCCUUUAUGUGUACUAUUUCAUCACCUGAACUUCGAAGAAAAUUUCAAAAAAUCACACGGACAUGUCGGCGAUCAAAACGUGUUGUUGAUCCAGCACCAUUACCAGUGUAUCAUUUGAGGCGUGAUCGAGUAGUCAAACGAACAUCUAGUAUUCACUAA